GGGGCUCCCUGAGGGGCGGGGAAGGACUAGGGUGCGGGGAGGGGGUUGCAGAAGGAGCCGAGCGGCUUCUGCUCAAUGGCGGAAAAGCCGCCGGUGCUCUGACCGCUCGUUCCCCUAGCAGUUGCGGGGGAGUUUCCUGCCGGCGCGGCUGGAGUCUCUGAUUUUCAGGGUUCGGUGGUUGGAAGAUGCUCCAGAGAGACGAGGCUGCGGCGGAGGAGGUGGCGGCGGCCGAAUCGACAACGGCGCUAGGGUGGAGAGAAGGCGGCAGCGGCGGCGGCGGCGGCGUGAGGGGCCGGGCGGUGUAAACAGCCCCGGAGGCGGCGGAGGCGGUGGUCAAGACCCUGAGGGGGAAGCGGCGGCUGAGUCAGGGUCGCGCCUCCGUUGGAAAGUUGGACUGAGUACCGCGGCGGGCGCGAGCGAGGCGCCCUAGACAUCUUCUCCCUCCCUUGCCUCAGAUUUAUUGCUAAACAUGGGUGCAUUUUUGGAUAAACCCAAAACUGAAAAACAUAAUGCUCAUGGUGCUGGGAAUGGUUUACGUUAUGGCCUGAGCAGCAUGCAAGGAUGGAGAGUGGAAAUGGAAGAUGCACACACAGCUGUUGUAGGUAUUCCUCACGGCUUGGAAGACUGGUCAUUUUUUGCAGUUUAUGAUGGUCAUGCUGGAUCCCGAGUGGCAAAUUACUGCUCAACACAUUUAUUAGAACACAUCACUACUAACGAAGACUUUAGGGCAGCUGGAAAAUCAGGAUCUGCUCUUGAGCUUUCAGUGGAAAAUGUUAAGAAUGGUAUCAGAACUGGAUUUUUGAAAAUUGAUGAAUACAUGCGUAACUUUUCAGACCUCAGAAACGGGAUGGACAGGAGUGGUUCAACUGCAGUGGGAGUUAUGAUUUCACCUAAGCAUAUCUACUUUAUCAACUGUGGUGAUUCACGUGCUGUUCUGUAUAGGAAUGGACAAGUCUGCUUUUCUACCCAGGAUCACAAACCUUGCAAUCCAAGGGAAAAGGAGCGAAUCCAAAAUGCAGGAGGCAGCGUGAUGAUACAACGUGUUAAUGGUUCAUUAGCAGUAUCUCGUGCUCUGGGGGACUAUGAUUACAAGUGUGUUGAUGGCAAGGGCCCAACAGAACAACUUGUUUCUCCAGAGCCUGAGGUUUAUGAAAUUUUAAGAGCAGAAGAGGAUGAAUUUAUCAUCUUGGCUUGUGAUGGGAUCUGGGAUGUUAUGAGUAAUGAGGAGCUCUGUGAAUUUGUUAAAUCUAGGCUUGAGGUAUCUGAUGACCUGGAAAACGUGUGCAAUUGGGUAGUGGACACUUGUUUACACAAGGGAAGUCGAGAUAACAUGAGUAUUGUACUAGUUUGCUUUUCAAAUGCUCCCAAGGUCUCAGAUGAAGCGGUGAAAAAAGAUUCAGAGUUGGAUAAGCACUUGGAAUCACGGGUUGAAGAGAUUAUGGAGAAGUCUGGCGAGGAAGGAAUGCCUGAUCUUGCCCAUGUCAUGCGCAUCUUGUCUGCAGAAAAUAUCCCAAAUUUGCCUCCUGGGGGAGGUCUUGCUGGCAAGCGCAAUGUUAUUGAAGCUGUUUAUAGUAGACUGAAUCCACAUAGAGAAAGUGAUGGGGGUGCUGGAGAUCUAGAAGACCCAUGGUAGCCUUAAAAACCUUCUAAAAUGCUUUUGAUUCUGAAAAUUGGGGGAAAAACUUAAUCACAAUUUUCUUCAGUACAAGGGGAAAAUAUUCUUGCGGAUUCCCAACGUUUUGUGAUAUGAGCAGAAAAUCAUUAGCAUUUCCCAUUAUUUGUUCAUAUUUGUGUUUUCUGACAGUUGCCAUUUGUAGCAUUGCCUGUACUACAGUAUUUUUUGCCAACCUCAGGCAUACUCAUUACAUCUGUAUUGAACUUUUGGCCCUAGAAACCAGUGGAGUUAUUUCACCACAAAUCAACAAUCUGCCUGAGGUGCAUGGGAAAUAUAGUUAGCUAUACUCUGAAAAUACAUGAUGUUUUUUUUUCUUUAAACAAAACACACAACAUGUAAGCAUGUAAGAGUAAAGAAUUGUAUGAUAUGUUCCUUUUUCAGUUCACCAAGUUGGAAGCCUUUUGCAGCUCUGUGGCUUGGAAUUUCAUUUGAGCAAUUUCUAUAGGAUAUGUAUUUAUUAUUGAUUGUUAUUUAAUUUUUUUCCAAUUUUACCUGUAUUACCAAACUAGGUUCUCCAAUAAUGUCCAAAUUGUAUUGUUGCCUUGCUUCAAGAUAAAGUGUAUUUGGGAAUAAUAUUAUAAACCCUUACAAAUUUUAUGCAUGUAUCUACUGCAUCCUUCAACUUUCACUAGAAAAUCUUUUGAAACCAAAUGGAUUAAUUUAUGGCUAUUUAUAAUUUGCUGUGACAUCUCACUGUUGGAAAUUUUUUAAAGAUGAGAUUUGCCUUUAUAAUGUAAAUUGUGAUUUUUGUUUUACAUGUGGGUUUCUAUAGUUUUAAUUUUUUCAGCUUUUAAGAUAUGAGUUUUGUGUAAUUUGGUAUUUUUAAUCAUUUAUGUUAUUUUAAAAGCUCAGAAUAUCACAUUGAAAUUACUAUAAAUACAUUUAAAAUUAUCUAUUUUAGAUCUAAGGAAAUACUACAGAGAUAUUUUCAUGGGUUCAGUAAUCUUUCAUUUUAUAACAUUGGGCACGGUACAGAGUGGUUGUCACAUAAGGUACUUGAAGAUUUAUUAGUUUAAUUCUAUUUUUAUGGUAACCUUGAAUUCUUCUGAGUUUUGCAUGUAUUAAAUUCAAUUAAUGCUGAACAUGAAGAGUAAAGUAUUUAUCUGAAAGGAGUUUCUGGGUUAGGAGAAGUAAUGAAUGUAUCCAUUUGUACAUGGUUUACAUGUUGUGGAUGCUUUGUAAACAUUUUCCUAUAUGUUUAAAUUGUGUUUCAGCAGGAUGUAAUUGCCCUUGUGUGUAGUUAAAAUGAGUCAUCAUCUGGUCCUGUGUGAAAUGGAAUUCAUGGUAUUUUCUGUAACAUUUUCCUGAAGCUAUUUCUGGAGAGCCACACAUUUAAAUACAGACAGCUUUCUUGAUCAUUUGAUUUAUUGUGCACCUGAUUUUUGGUCUAAAAGGAAUUAUUGCCACAAUAUAUUUUAUUUAUUCUUUAGAUUUCAGCCUUGUAAGUUAAAGUGCUUUACAUGAUGAUGUGAAAAGCUGUUUGUCCCUUUACUGGGUUUCGGGGGUUGUUAAAAGACAGGGAAUGAAGAAUGCAAAAUGGUUUAUUGUUCAAAGCGUCCACUCUGAUGCAACGCUGUACUGAUAGUACUUCCCAGUAUGAUAUUGUGAUGUUUCAUACAAUGCAGUGAACAUAACCAACUUGUUACCUAAAUAAAGAAUUGAUAAAAACAGUGUGACAUAUUA